AUGACCACUCAACCUCCUCGAGCAAGUAUAUGGCUCGGUCUAGCCCAGCUCAUUCUACCCAGAGAGUACAAUCGCAUCGAAGAAAUUCGUGCACUCAGGCAAGAACGCAAGAAGAAACAGAAAACCGAAGCGGAGACGAAAGCUGCCGCCGUCGACAACGAAACUUCAGGAGAGGAGGACGUCGCAGUGACUCCGGCUCAGGAAUGA